UGAUUCGCAACCAAUCACUGACGUUCUUAAUCAUGUCACUCUAAAUCGGCCCGCUAACGUGGUUUUAGUAACCUCACCCGGUAAUUCUGAGGGUAUUUUUUCUUUCUCUGGCGGUGUAAUUGUAAGGAACACUCAUCAUGUCUCAGGAAGACUUUGACAGAGCGGCUGAAGAGGUGAAGCAACUGAAAAGUGCCCCAACAGAUGAAGAAAAGUUGGCAAUUUAUAGUUUGUUCAAGCAGACUACUGUUGGAGAUGUAAAUACUGCUCGACCUGGUUUGUUUGAUUUAACAGGAAAAGCAAAGUGGGAUGCAUGGGAGAAACGAAAAGGUACCAGCCAAGAAGAAGCACGAAAACUGUACAUAGACAAAGUAGAAGAGCUGAAAAAAAAAUAUGGUUUUUGAACUUAAAUACAAUGGCAUUUUCUAUGAUUUAUAAGUGGAUAUAAAAUUUGGUACAGUCUUUUACUGUAGUGCAAUGUACUACAUUCAAAUAAAGUUUGUGCAUGUUAAAAUCAGUGCAAUGUACUGCAUUCAAAUACAGUUAGUGCAUUUUAUGCACUGGCUAUGCAUCCUGUGUUUGUGCUUUACAAAACAAAUUGUUUUAAGUUUUCUACUUGUACAGUAAUUCAACAUGAUGUAUGCUGUAAUAAAACAGGAAAGCACCAUGUAAA